AUGGGUAAGAUGACAUCUUCUGCAACACAGCCUGUAUCUCGAGAGGCUUCCAAUUAUGAUGAAGUUUUCAUGCAGCAGAGCUUGCUCUUUGAUGAUAGUCUGAAGGAUUUGAAAAAUCUGAGAACACAGUUAUACUCAGCAGCUGAAUAUUUUGAACUCUCAUACAUCAAUGAUGACCAAAAACACAUAGUGGUUGAAACAUUGAAAGAAUAUGCCAUAAAAGCUCUUAUAAAUACGGUAGACCAUUUAGGUUCUGUGACCUAUAAGGUAAAUGACUUGUUAGAUGAAAAGAUUGUUGAAGCUUCUGGAGCAGAGUUACGUUUGUCAUGUAUAGAACAGAGAAUAAGGACGUGCCAAGCCUUUAUGGAUCAUGAGGGGCGUACACAGCAGUCACUGGUGAUCAAUACUCCAAAGUACAAUAAGCGUUAUAUUUUGCCAGCUGGGGAGACCAUGCAUGGUGCCAACUUCACAAAAUCAAAAUAUAUGGGAUGCAGCCUAGAUGAUGAAGAUGAUUGGCAUCACUUCAGGAAUGCUGUUCGAGCUACAAUAAGAGAAACGCCUACAUCUACAGUGAGUAAAGGGCGUUCCCCAUCACCUCUACAAUCUCAGAGAUCUGGAGCUUUUUCAUUCACUUCACCCAAGCCAAAAACAGAUUUAGAGAAGCGGACAGUAUCACCACACAGAUUUGCACUUUUACGUGCUGGAUCUAUGUCAAGUAGGCCUAAGACCCCAAAGACCACUAGAUCAACAACUCCAAACUCAAGCAGCAGACCAACAACACCAAGUCCUUCUAAUGCAAGAUUAAGGUAUCCUUCGGAGUCGCUUAAAUCAGCUUCAAUGCGAUUACCUGCUGAAAGAGGUAACAUCAAAGAUAUACAACAACACCCCAGUAAAAGUAAACGUCUCUUGAAGGCCUUACUUAGCAGGCGCAAGUCUAAGAAGGAUGACAUGCUAUACACUUACUUGGACGAGUACUGAUGAUAGCUUGAUACAAUUCCCUUUAGAAUUCAAGGGAAAGAGUUCAUAGAAGCGAGGAAACCACUCAGUUUUACCAGUUUGAUUUAAUAGGUUGCACUUCUUUGUUACUUCCUUCUUCUUCUUUUUUUUUUUUUUUUAAUGUCCA